AAUCUCUACUGGAUGCUGAGUGAAAGUUGACGUGAAUAACCGGUACGUUCUAAAGUGAUUAAUCAGCAAACAUAUCUAAUCACCAACUUCGCGGAUCAACAGGAAUCGUCCAGGAUGAGAUCAUUGCUGCUAAUUGCGACGGUCCUUAUUGGAGCAGCAGUAGCCGUUGAAAGCGAAGAAAUGCCUAGAUCAUAUAUCGAUCCUGCAGAUCCAGCUUUUACUUGUGAACCUGGUGUCACGUUUAAGUACGAAUGCAAUACUUGUUUGUGUACUUCUUCUGGCAAAGGUGGUGGCUGUACCUUGAUGUAUUGUGGAGGUUGGGAGAAUGGGAGACCUAAGCCAGACAACUUACAACUACAUUAAGAUUAUCUCAGUGAUACUUCAUUCAUGUAUGAGAAACUGUAUUUAAUGAUAUUUUGUUGCAUUACGUUUGGUUGAUUUACACAAAUUCUUAUUUGAUGACUUUGUUAGAUCGUUACGCUUUUUCUUACUUCUCUUCCUUCCAUGAUAAAAAACAGAGUCACGGAAAUAUUUUUAUAUUCGCAACAAAUCAACAAAGAAACAAAUCCGUAACUUGGUUUUCAACAACAAUUCUUUAAAGUCUUCUGGUAUUGCAUCAAUUGAAUCCCUGGAUUUGAAAGAUGUGUUUUGUACAAUAAACUAGUUGAUCCCGUACGAA